UUCUUAUUCCUCUUCUUCCUCCAGAUUCAUCUAAACCAAUCUCUUCAUCACAUCCAAACACAUUUGUUAUCUGCGUCAAAAACAAUUCCAAUUUCCCCAUAUCAUUUCAUCCCCUUUCCGGGGUUGAUUUGAUACCUGAUAAAACACACUUCCCAAAUAAUUCCAGAGGCAAAUUCAUCAUUCAAAGACGAUCAUUCAGGAACACUUAACAAAAUGUUCAAGAAGGGAGGAGCCGGUGGUGUGGACAUUGAGUCCGGCUUCAAAGGCGGAGCCGGCGGUGCCCAAAUAUACCCCGGAAUGACGGAAGAUCCAAAGAUGAGAUGGGCAUUUAUCAGAAAAGUUUACGCGAUUGUGUGCACGCAGCUUCUCGUCACCGCCGUGAUUGCCACCGCCAUGUUUUUCACUCCGGCCGUCAAAGAUUACAUGCGCACACCUUUUGGCUUCGCCACCUUGAUUGUCCUUAUUGUCAUCGCUUUUAUACUUUGCUUCUUCAUGGGUCGCUACGGAAGAAAACAUCCAUGGAACUAUGUUCUUAUGGCAGUAUUCACCCUAUGUCUGGCAUUUGUUGUUGGAGCGGCCUGCGCAUUUAAAAGAGGGCCAACUAUCUUGACGGCUGCUGGGCUGACAGUUCUUAUAACUGUUAGCCUUACCCUCUACACAUUUUGGGCUGCAAGCAGAGGCAUGGACUUCAGCUUCCUUGGUCCUUUCUUGUUCUGUGCCUCCAUAGUCCUCAUUUUCUUUCUUCUAGCCCAGUAUAUUCUUCAUCUAGGACGGGAAGUACGGAUGGUAUAUAGCUGUCUGGCGGCACUCCUAUUCUCAGCUUAUAUCAUAUACGACACAAAUAACUUAAUCAGGAACUUCACCUACGAUGAAUAUGUCAUUGCAGCAAUCUGCCUUUUCGGAGACAUCGUCAACCUCUUCUUAGCUCUUCUUGGCGUCGUUGGUGAAUGAUUCAUAAAGAAACUCCACUUUGAGAGAUGUAUCAUGUAUGUAAUAAUUUUGGUUGCAUAGUGUUCGUGUUUGUUAAUUAGCAAGCUGGAAAAUUUCCUACGCUCAGAUUUAUUAUGUUAUUCCUAGUCUUGAGAAUGUCAUACAUUAGUACUGCCCUUCAUGUAUGGUUUGUUUAAUGUACAAUUGGGCAAAAAAAA